CAAGAAUGGGGGGGGGUGAAGAAACCAAUAGCCUUUUUAUCCAAAUUAUUGGAUCCGGUGAGCCAUGGCUGGCCAAAACCAAUAGCCUUUUUAUCCAAAUUAUUUGAUCCAGUGAGCCAUGGCUGGCCAGUAUGUAUUCAGGCAAUAGCAGCUACUGCUAUUUUGGUGGAGGAAAGCCAUAAGCUCACCUUUGGAAGUAAAUUAAUUGUAUGCACACCCCAUGCUGUCCAAAAUGUGCUAAAUCAAAAAGCUGAGAAAUGGUUAACAGACUCCAGGAUGUUAAAAUAUGAAGCAAUCUUAAUUGACAAUAAUGAUUUGACAAUAGAAACAAGCAGGAGUCUCAAUCCGGCCCAAUUUCUGUAUGGGGAAGCAAAAGAUGAUUUGGCACAUAAUUGUCUGGAAAUUAUACAAUGCCAAAGUAAAGUUCGGGAAGAUUUAGCAGAACAAGCCCUUUUGGAGGGGAAAAAAAUAUAUGUUGAUGGUUCAUCCAGAUGCUCACAAGGAAAAAGAAUGUCAGGAUAUGCUGUAGUUGAUGGGGAAAAUAUGCAGACCAUCGAAAAAGGAAGUCUACCUUCAAACUGGUCUGCUCAAUCUUGUGAAUUAUAUGCUCUAAAUAGAGCACUGGAGCAUUUAGCACAUAAAAAGGGGACCAUCUAUACUGACUCAAAGUAUGCCUUUGGAGUAAUUCAUACCUUUGGGAAAAUUUGGGAAGAAAGGGGUUACUAAACUCAAAAGGGAAAAGACUAAUACAUGAGGGACUUAUUUUAGAAGUUUUAGAAGCGUUAAAACUGCCUGAGGAGAUAGCUGUAGUACAUAUCAAAGGACACCAAAAGGGAAUGACACCCGAAAUAAGAGGGAAUAACUUGGCGGAUCAGGAGGCUAAAGAGGCGGCAGAAAAUGGGGACAAAUGAGUAAUGUUAAUUUUAACCCCAGACAGGGAAGAAUUGGAAAUCCCUAAAUUUAGUGAGAAAGAAGAAAAAGAAUUACUUAAGAUAGGGGGAGAACGGGAUCCAUCUGGAAAGUGGAAACUCCCUGAUGGGAGACAGUUACUUAAUAAGCCACUCACCAGGAAAAUAUUAGAAGAUAUGCAUCAGAAAACUCAUUGGCGUACUCAGGCUUUGUGUGAUCACUUUCUAAGGGAUUUUGGAUGCAUUGGAAUUUUUGGGGUAGCAAAACAAAUAACUGAAAACUGCAUAACUUGCUAAACGGUAAAUAGAAAAAUAAUGAGAAAAACACCAUUAGGUGGCCGUGAAUUAGCCUUACGGCCAUUCCAAAGUAUUCAAGUGGAUUUCACUGAACUUCCCCAAGUGCAAAAAUGGAAGUUCCUAUUGGUAAUAGUAGACCACUUAACUCACUGGGUGGAAGCUAUUCCCGCUGCCAGGGCCACAGCUAAUGUGGUGUGUAAAACUCUUUUGGAACAGAUUAUUCCUAGGUAUGGAAUGGUUAAUAAAAUAGACUCAGAUAGAGGAACACAUUUUACAUCUAAAGUCUUACAGCAAAUAACCCAAACCUUGGGAAUAAAAUGGGAAUUGCAUACCCCCUGGCACCCACAAAGUUCAGGCUGGGUGGAAAGAAUGAAUCAAACUUUAAAGAAGACCUUAACAAAAUUAAUGAUUGAAACCCAGAUGUCCUGGGUAAAAUGUUUACCUCUGGCUCUAUUAAGGGUCCGAACACAGCCCAGGUCAGACCUGGGAGUGUCACCCUAUGAAAUGAUGUUUGGACUACCCUUCCUUACCACCCGACAUGAAACUGCCACUUAUGAAGUAGGGGAAAUAAGUGUCAGAAAAUAUGUCACCACAAUUGCUAAAACACUUGAAAACUUAAGGGUAAAAGGAAUGAUCCCUCAAACCACCCCUUUGGAGUUCAAAAUUCAUAAUAUUCAUCCAGGAGAAUGGGUACUGGUAAAGACAUGGAAGGAACAAUCUUUAACUCCUCAAUGGGAAGGUCCUUUUCAGGUAUUGCUGACAACGGAGGCUGCAAUCCGGACCAGGGAACGAGGUUGGAUCCACGCCAGCAGAAUCAAGGGACCUGUGAAAAGACCUGAGGAGUGGACUAUAACUUCUGAACUGGGUGAUACCAAAUUGACUCUAAAGCGGGGGCUGGGUGGUAAUGAACUGGGACAAUCCACAGGAUCCAAGGGAUGAGCAAAGAAUCACGCCUAAUUGGGAAGUGAGACCAAGCCUGUAUCAGUGGUUUCAAGUCCUGCCUGGACAAGUUCUGAGACACCUUCGAUAUCCACCUUGGGGAGGAAUACUCCCACUCCAAACAGGAGGAUUGGGGCUGUUUCAGUCGGGAAAUCCUCAUAUUUUUGCUUUGACCUGUGAUCUGUAUAAAGAAGGGGGAGAAUCACAACUUCCAUCAGUGCCACACCAUAUACCUUGUAUAAAUCAUCCCAAUACGGGACAUACUAGCUGGGUUAAAUAUAAGUGUUUAAUUU